UUCACAAUGUUAACCUCUGCAGUUCUUACAAAUGCUUUUCCUUUUGUGUCUAGCUACAUUCAAAACCUCCUCUUCCUUGCACUUGCAUUGCCAGGGAAUUUUUGAACUGAUGAGGACAAGGUCAUGUAUUUUUUCUUUACCGCUAGUACCCAGAUGCAGCAUACAUGGCUUACCCAAAUGUAGAGAAGGUGAAGCAUUAUGCAAUUUUAUCAAGAUUUAUGGAAACAAAUCUAGCAUAAGACUAUAUGGUUCUAGAAUUUAUGGGCCUGAGAGAGGAUUCACUACUAAGUGGAUUAAAAGAUGUGUAACUACAAGAGCAGAAGAAAGUAAACAAACCACUUGGGACACCAAAUCAAGAAGUACCAAGCAUGAAAGUUUUAGAGAGGAGAUUUUACCAAAUGCUACAGUGAAUGAAAACACAACACAGCUAGAUCAGUUCCCGAAAAUUCAGUGGCCUGAAGUGCAAGAAAUUGCUCAGUAUAAAAAUUUAUCUGACCUACUCACUGUUAUUGUUUUUGAUGUUGAGACUACUGGGUAUAGCAGAGUAAAUGAUCGGAUCAUUGAUAUUGCACUUCGAGAUCUCCAAGGUGGCGAGCACAGCACUUUCCAAACUCUUGUAAAUCCUCAAUGCCAUGUUCCUAAUUCACACGUUCAUGGAAUUGCUACCCAUAUGGUGAACCGAACUGAUGUGCCAAGGAUGGAAGACCUGGUACCCAUCUUGUUGCAGUACAUUAGAAGCCGUGAGAAACAUGGUGGAUACGUGUUAUGGGUUGCACAAAAUGCUCGCGCUUUUGAUGCACCUUUUCUCAUGCACGAGUUCAUUCGAUGUUCCAUGGAGAUUCCUCAUAAUUGGCUGUUUCUGGACACCCUUCCUCUGGCACGUCAACUGAUAAAGUCUGGUGGAACAAACCUUUCUUCAGCUUCACUGGCUGCCCUUCGCGAGUUUUACAGAGUUGAAGUGGAUGGAUUAGCUCACAGAGCCAUGGUAGAUGUGAACACAUUGUCUCAGGUACUUCCCGUGUUGACCUCUGAUCUGAAGUUGACUUUAUCCAGCCUUGUCAAAAAAUCUUUCAGUUUCUCAGAUUUGAUGAUAAGGGCUAAGAAAAGAUAGUGAUUGAAAUGGCUGGACAUUGUGGAAAUGUUAACAUGCCCACAUCUAUAUGAAUGCUCAUGGAUUCCAAAAUUCAUAGCUGUAGUAUAUAGAAAAGGGACAAAAUGCUUUCAUUGAGAGUCGAACUCAAGACCUCCCGCUUACUAAACGGGUGCUCUAACCAA